UCUCCUCGUUAUGUUAAGUACUUCAGCUCUAGCAAGAAACUAAGAAAACCAAUUGUGCUUUGAUAUAAUUGUGGCUUUGCCUAGCUAAAUAUAGUUAGAAGAGCUGCAAAAAAAAACAAGUAAAAAAUAAAAAACUAUCGGAUCUUAUAAACUUCACGACGAGAAGCUAUGGAAGUGGAUAAGGUCCCUGCAAGAGAGGAACCCAAGUAUGGUGGAAUCAAGGCCAUGCCCUUCAUUAUAGGAAAUGAGACCUUUGAGAAACUGGGGACGAUUGGAACCUCAUCGAAUCUCUUGGUUUACUUAACAACUGUCUUCAACAUGAAGUCAAUUACUGCUACUAACCUCAUUAACGUCUUCAAUGGAACUUGCAAUUUUGGAACUUUGCUUGGAGCUUUCCUCUCUGACACUUAUUUGGGUCGCUACAAGACAUUGGGAAUGGCUUCUAUAUCUUCUUUCACGGGCAUGUUGUUAUUAGCGCUAACAGCUGCAAUAUCAAAACUGCAUCCUCCUCACUGUGGAACUGCAGAAAAUAGCAUUUGCCUUGAACCAACUACAGGGCAACUAGCUUUCUUACUAUGUGGAUUUGCCUUACUAGUAAUAGGAGCUAGUGGCAUUAGGCCAUGCAAUUUAGCCUUUGGAGCAGACCAAUUCAAUCCCAACACAGAAUCAGGAAGAAGGGGAAUUAACAGCUUCUUCAAUUGGUACUACUUCACCUUCACUUUCGCCAUGAUGGUAUCGUUGACUGUCAUUGUCUACAUUCAGUCGAGCAUCAAUUGGGCUAUCGGAUUGGCUAUUCCAACAUUUCUAAUGUUCUUGUCAUGCGUUUUCUUCUUCGUUGGUACCAAAAUUUAUGUCAUGAUUUUACCUGAGGGUAGCCCCUUGACAAGUAUGGUGCAAGUGCUCGUAGCUGCAAUAAAGAAAAGGCGCUUAAAGUUACCAGAACGAUCUCAAAAUACCUUGUUCAAUCAUAUUUCUAUCAAGACUAUCAACUCUCAACUUCCUUACACAAAUCAAUUUAGGUUCUUGAAUAAAGCAUCUAUUUUAACCCAAGAAGACCAAAUAAAAGAAGAUGGAUCAGCAGCCAAUCCAUGGAGACUUUGCAGCAUUCAACAAGUGGAAGAAGUGAAAUGUGUUGUAAGAGUAUUCCCAAUAUGGAUAGCAGGUUUGGUAUACUACAUUGUUCUAGUCCAAAUGCAGACUUAUGUAGUCUUUCAAACUCUGCAAAGCGACAGGCGCCUUUGGAAUGGUAGUAAUUUCAAGAUCCCAGCAGCAUCUUACGCGGUCUUCUCCAUGUUGAGCAUGAGUAUUUGGAUACCAAUUUAUGAUCGAAUGAUCGUCCCAUUCCUCCAAAAAAUCACCAAGAAAGAAGCUGGAAUAACGAUCCUUCAAAAAAUGGGGAUCGGCUUAGUUAUUGCAAUUUUCACCAUGCUAGUAUCAGCUGUAGUGGAAACACGAAGAAGGAACACAGCGCUUGGGCAUCCAACACUAGGCAUUGAACCAAGACGAGGCGAAAUUUCAGCCAUGUCUGCUAAUUGGCUGAUACCUCAACUAGCUCUUGCAGGUCUUUCUGAAGCAUUCACUGUCAUAGCCCAAGUUGAAUUUUUUUACAAGCAAUUCCCUGAAAACAUGAGGAGCUUUGCAGGGUCAUUUUUGUUUUGUGGAUUUGCAUUGGCUAGUUACAUGAGUAGCUUGUUGAUAUCAAUAGUUCACAGGACAACAAGAACAUCAGAUACAGAGAAUUGGUUAGCAGAGGAUCUAAACAAGGGGAAAUUGGAUUAUUUUUACUACUUAGUUGCUGGUUUGGAGGUUUUAGAUUUUGGGUACUUCUUAAUAUGUGCCAAGUGGUAUAAGUACAAGGGAACACAAAAUGAUCACAAUCUUGAAGUAGCCAUUGAUAAAUUAGAACCCACAAAACCCUUAGUUUGAUUAAACACUUCCUCAUAUUCUUCUUCUUCUUAUUCAUCUUUUAAAUAUAAAU